AUGGCGCAUCAUGUGAAUCACUAUGAUCCUCAGAUUGUGAAAAAAGAGAAAAUUUCAGACGCAAGACGAGCGAGGAUUGAUGCAUGCAUAGCUCAUGAUUCUCGACUCCCGACCAUACAUAUAUAUUUCGGGACUCUCGGUGAAUCCCAUCUUGACGUAUCUGAAGAGAGAAUCGAACGGACGUCCUUGCAGGAAGUCCAUGGGUUGAUAUCGAUGAAUGAUGCGCGGCGGGCCCAAGGACUUGCGAAAACCGAUGCUCAACUAGGGCUUAUGAUCACCAUCGUUAUACCUUUUGCUGCCACUUCGCCAUAUGGCACGGACAUCACCGAUGAUUCACCGUAG